UUAAGUUAUGUCACGUGACACGAGGCAGCAACCAGGACGUGAGACGCCUUCAGAGAGAAGACGCGCUCAUCGUAAUAUCGAUGGCGACCGCUAAGAAGCUAACAGAAAACCACCUCACCUGCGUCAUCUGUACAGAGGUGUUCACAGACCCUGCCACACUUCAGUGUCAUCAUACAUUCUGUAAGUCUUGUCUGCUGAAAUACACCUACACACAGCCGGAAGCAGUACAAGCCAAGUCCAUACCAUGUCCCUCCUGUAGACAACAGACGAAUGUGACCAACCCUGACAGACCAGUAGAGGAGUGGGUCAGUCAGCUGAAACCAAGCCACGUCAUGCAGGGGCUGAUGGACGACUUUGGUCCCGGCACAAAGGCUGUGGAGGAACAUGUGUGCGGUGUUUGUACAAAACAAGGAAAGACAACUCCUGCCACUUCUUGGUGCUCUGUCUGCGAUGUUGUGUACUGUGAAGGAUGUCUCCAGUUGCACAACAUGAUGCCAGGGUUGUGUGACCAUGAAGUAGCUCACUUGUCUGAUCACACCAAGACAAAGGUCAAGCGUCGCUUCAUGUGUCAAGUCCACAGAGAUAAACCGAUAGAGUUGUUCUGUAAAGACUGCAAGCAGGCAAUAUGCACGAUAUGCUGCAGUAUAAAACACAGGGCAUGUAAGGAUGUUGAUACAAUAGAGAGUAUGACCCCUCUUGUGAAGGAACAACUUACAAAGAAAAUAGAGAAACUCGGAAUCAACAUUGCAGCUGCGAAUAAUAUCAUAACCCAGAGAAAAUCUACAAUUCAAGAUGUAAAGAGUAAUUCACAAACCCUCAAAGAUCAAGUCAUGAAGGCACGAGAAACAGUGAUGCGUGCUAUUUUAAGAAAAGAGAAGCAACUCCUUGGAGACAUCGACAAAGCUACUGAUGAACAAUUAAGUGAGUUACAAGCAGAUAUAAAAUCCCAGGAGAUCGAGCUACAGAUGUACCAGCAGCAGUAUGAGUUCACAGCCAAUGCUGUGACGUCCAACUGUGAGAUGGACAUGUAUGCCGUCUAUGAUUCGGUGGGUGAGAAGUCUCCAGACAACAGAGACACGGACAACAGACCAGCAGCAAGAAGCGUUGUAUUCACACACGACCUGGACAAGCUGAGUAAAGCAGUUGAUGAGCUACAGCUGGGGGAGGUUCAAGUCGUCCAUGAUGUGAGUGACCCUGUGUCUUUUCCUGUUCUACAUCACACCAUUGAUUGCAAGGAAGAUGGGGACGGGAAGGAUCCUUUGGUGCGUGACGUCACAGUGUUGACUGUUGAUGGCAUCAAAGUGGUGGUAGUUGCAGAUUACAAUAACAACAGACUCAAAACAUAUUACACAUCAAACUUCAAAUCCUUUCAUAAUCAGCUUCUGCUUUCUAGUGAUCCUUGGCAAAUAGCCAAGUUAUGUGAGAGUCAGAUUGCUGUCAGUGUUCCAGACAGUAAGGAAAUAGUCAUAGUGAAUGUUACCCCAGGUCCUGUAUUACUGUCAACCAUCAAAACAAGCAAGGAUUACUACGCUCUGGCCUGUCUGAGUCCUUCACAGCUGGCGGCGGGUACAGAUGGACAGUCUCACUUUGUGGACAUAUUGGACAUGACAGGGAGGAGACUGAGGUCUAUCAACACGGGAGUGAUAAGGAGUCCAGACUUCAUCCACGUCACCAGGAAGAACAACUUGAUAGUCAGUGAAGGAGACGUAAAAUCCCUUGUAUGUGUGACCAGUGAAGGGGACGCUGUUUUCACCUACACUCCCACAGGAGACAGAGCUCUGACAUGGCCUCUAGGUAUCACAACAACCAGCACAGGAGAUAUCCUGCUUGUAGACUAUCACUCCCACAAGGUGAUUCAGCUGACAGAGUUGGGGUAGUUUGUCAGAGAUGUCCUCACACAACAGGAUGGUCUGGAAUAUCCUGUUGGUGUCUGUCUUGAUGGUGACGGCCUGCUGUAUGUUACGUCUGCCAGAUAUGUAAAAGUAUUCAAAAUCUGCGCCGCUGAAUUUUAAAAUGGAGUAAUUUUUAUCUCCAUACACAGUUGAAGAUAUACAAAAUUGACAACCGACAAGAAGUCCAGAUCGGCUCUUGUAAACGUAAUUCACCAUGUCAGUCAUUAAACAGAGGACGAUCUUUCACGUGUAGAAAUCUGACCUGAUUUGUAAAGGACAUUUGUUAAAGGAACGCAUUGUGACAGGGUUCGCCCCGAUUAUGUUUCUAGGUUUGUCAGCACCAUACCCGUGCUCCUGGGUUUUACCAAUAAGGGGAUACCGUCUGAGACCUGCAUCACUUCGGGCUUUCCUCCCACAUUAAGCUGACACGCCGUGAUAUAACUGGAAUACUGUUCAAAGCAGCGUAAAACCCGACUCACUCACUCACAAUGACAGAACUAAAUGAGAAACCUGUUCACGUAGUUAGGUAUGGUUCAAGCCUCUAGAUUAUCAGUUAAACAACAUAGCUCAUCGAGGCUUCAACGUGUGCUGAACAAAUAUAUAACACAACGAGCGUUCAGCUAUUUGUGGAGGCUAUAGUAGUGCAUGGAUGCUUUGAGAAUUGGUUUACUUGUGUCCUCAUUGGUAUCAGUUAUUUGUACUGAUGUAUAGUAUUUCUGAUUGAUUGAAGUAACAGUAAAUAUCACUAUAACAUUACACAACUCUAUCUGGAUACAAAAAAGGAUGUAAUAAAUGUUUUGACUUUUGAAAAGCGUACAUUAAAUUUGUAUUUUGAGGUAUAGUUUAAAUGAGGAAGAUGUGUUUUUGUGAUCAGACGGAGAUUUGAACUCUGAUAACUAGUCUACACACAUCCUCAUGUUGCAUUUCAAACGUUCACUUGUUCAUUAAUAUGGGUUACAUGUCCUUUAAAAAUCUCUAUGCGUUUUCAAUGUGUGAAAUUUCUGGAGCAUCAUUCAUAACAUUUUCAAUAUCCAAUUUGACAUGGAACGUAUUGGCCACUGCAGGCUGACCGCUAGUAUCCAGCAUGUCAAUAGCCCGUCGACGAUCCGCGUGUUGUAGACGCCGUAUCGCGCGUUCGUACACAAACAAUGAAUGAAGUAAAUCACAAUUGUAUGAUAAGCAGAAUCAUUGAGAUUGGCAGAAAUAAUGGUCCAUGGAGAUUAAUCGGCCUUCCUUGAAAGUGUCAAAAUCAAGAAUGACACCCAACGCACGUAUUCGUGCCUCUGAGUGAAACAUGUGCAAACUAUAGAAUGUGUUUUGGUGUAAAUUGUGCAGACAUAAACGUUCUUCUUUGAGUGGCAUUUAGAAGUUGGAAUGGUAACUAAGACAAAAUUGUUAUGGAUGAGCAACUUCUUUAUUACAAUUGGGCAACGUUUCGGUGUAGAUUCUGUCAUUUGCUUGAUAACGGUGUUAGAAUCUACACCGAAACGUCGCCUAAUUGUAAUAAAAAAGUUGCUCAUCCAUAACAAUUUUGUCUUAGAUAAACGUUCUUGUAUAGGACGUUUGUCGUCAGCACUAACCUUUGUUUAAAAACUUGGUAUUAACAUUUAUGUUUCACGAUCCCCUAUUUUAAGAGCGUGUAUACUGUGUAUAAUUCGUGUAUCAUUUCGAAUUGGAGUUGGGCGGUGGGGUAGAUUGUGGUUAAAGUGUUCGCUCGUCACGUCGAAGACCCGGGUUCGAUUUUCCGUACUCUUCCAUAGACUUAAGAUAGUCACAGUGCUAAGACAGCUUUGUGCAAGCGGGCCCAGGUGUCCCCCGCAGUGAUAUUCCUGGAAUGUUGUUAAAAGCAGCGUAAAACAAUACUCACUCACUGGAGUGACAGCUUACCAUUUGUAUCAGAAUGUUUUCAACGGAGUAAACGUCCGUGAUGAGAAUUGAGUUGUUUUUCAUCCUCAACUCCAUUGAAACACAAUGGAGAAACUCCACAUCGGAAUGUUGCAAGAGCGCUUCUUUAACUUCUUGGGAGAAUAGUUCUAACAUUAUGUUCAGCCCGGUAUUGUUUUUUAAAGGCACAGUAAUUCCACAUCGAAAUGUUGCAAGAGCGCUUCUUUAACUUCUUGGGAGAAUAGUUCUGACAUUAUGUUCAGCCCGGUAUUGUUUUUUAAAGGUACAGUAACUCCACAUCAGAAUGUUGCAAGAGCGCUUCUUUAACUUCUUGGGAGAAUAGUUCUAACAUUAUGUUCAGCCCGGUAUUGUUAUUUAAAGGUACCGUAAUGCCUCAGUAUAUUUCGUCCAUUCCCUCGGUUACUGUCUGUAACACUUCUCUCCUCCAGUAAGGUAUAAAAUUGUCAUACAUUAUUCUUUGUUUGUCACUACAAUAUGAACUGAGGGGGAAGCGAAAGCAGACUGAGUUUGUGUUUCAUGCAUUUGAAAAUUGAAAGAACAGUUAAAUUUAAUUAUGUCUGUCAACCAUCACUCAUUCCUGCAACAGUUUAUAAAAAGUAAUCAGCGGCUGUCUAAUUGUAUGUAAAAAUAAAUUGGUUCAAUGAAGACUGGGAUAACAAAUACAUUUGCAACCACAUGACCCCCACCAGGUUUUACAUGUUGUAUAUUUGAGCCGAAAAAUCAAAUAUAUUCAUUUUCAAAGAUAAGAUGUUUAAUAUACCCAUCAGCACUUGUGUAUCGUGCGAUGUCUUUUGUACAUUUGUAAAGGUUUUAAAUCAAUUUAUAUUUAAGAAAUAAAACCAUGUAGCGGUAUUCAUUGUGUGCUUACAAAGCGCUGGUAGAAAGUUUUGGAUAUAAUAUCGCUAACUUAGUAUAUUUUCAACUGAAAAGCAAACAUAUGAAAACAACAACUGGGAAACAGUUUCGUUUGCUCCCCAUUUUAUGUUAUUGGUGGUUUUAACUGGUACGGUAGUCGUAACCUGUAUGGGCAUGCUCAGGAGGUAUUAUUGGAUAGUCUUAAGGUCCUGAGCGACUCCGUGAUCUUAGUGCUAAGAUGAUCGUAGCUCCCAUACUUUAACAAAGGCUUAGCAGUCAUAGCACUAAGAUCGCUUUGUCGAACAGGGCCCAGAGCGAGUCCGUGAUCUUAGUGGUAGGCAUAUAUAUGUGUACAUGUGUGUGUGUGUGUGUGUGUGUGUGUGUGUGUGUGUGUGUGCGUGUGUGCGCGCGUGUCUGUGCCUGCCUACCGCUAAGAUUGCUUGGUGAA